UGGAAGCGCGGUGGUUGGAAGUGUGGUUUUAUCGUGUUGUAAAAUCUGCAUUUAUGUCUGCCUCCUUAUGUCUUAUCAAAAGUAAUGCGACGUCCACCUUUUCACGUUAAACAACAUAAUUCGGUCACGUUACUUAUAAAUAACCAUAUAGCCGGGUUUAUCCGAGUGUGCUAGGUAUUGCGUUAUUUCUGUACAUUUCUGGAAACGUGCGUUGCCUUUUUGGGUUUUCUGCAAGUGUGAUCAUGUUGCAGGAACCAUCACUUAAUACGUCUUGCGGUUCCGAGCCGCCUAUGAACAGACACAGACCAGCCUCGGAGAAAACGCAGGAUAUUUCUCAUUUGUUGGCUAGCAUUUUCAAGCAGCUCUACACAUCAGAGAUCAUAGGAAAAGACAAGAUUGCCAAUCUAGAGAAAUCCCGGGGUGGAGGAAAUAGCUACCAUGAGAAGUAUGUGGAAGAACUUCAAAAGGUCCAUGCAGAGUACAACAGGCGACUGGCAGAAGCUGACAUGCUGGAGAAACACAUCAUCCAGAGUCGGGCUCGUGCUACAGCAGCUGAAGAGAGGGCUCUGAGCAGGACUGUCGAAGAAGCGGGAGACCUUUACUACAGUCUGGGCCUUCCUCCUGUGAAGUCAACCUUUAGGUGGUGUGUGGACAACAGUCUUCUAAAACAACACAAUUUGAUUUGUCCAGAGGACUAUAUCACCGAGCAACGUCUGAUGACAAAAGCACCCAGAGGUAAAUCUACUCCAGGAUUUAUCAACCCAACACUCAGCUUCAGUAAGCACAUUUCUCGCCUUCCUCAGGAUGAUGGCUACACAGAAAUCCCACCUCCUCAUGCCACAGCCGAGAGCCUAUUAGAGGAGUCAGAAGGGUCCCUCACUCUGCCUUCAACUCCAGACAGCAACUUCACAGUUACAAAAUCUUCUAACAAAAAAUCCAGCCAAGCUAGAAAGACAGUGAAGAAAGAAGAGAGUGGAAGCAGCUGGCCUGAGGAGACAGCUGCUCUCCUGAAAUUGGAGGAGCGUCACAAUUUGCUCCGAAACCCUCGCUUCUUGCCUCCCAAUGCCCAUCGCGGUGGGAAGUCCCUGAUCUUCCCUGUAAAGAAGGUAGAGAAGAUGGUGGCUGGCCGAAGGAUCCUCGUGGAGGAAAGUGAUCCACAUGAACCCAUUCCAGUUUUUCUUGCUAAUCCGCCUAUUGUGUUCUUCACUGACUACAGACUGGGAAAGAUUUAUGAGGAAAAUCCUGGAGAAGGUGGGAUUGUGGCUCCUGGAAUGAGCUGCCACUACACGGUACGAUUUGCUCCUGACUCGCUGGCAGACUUUGAGGACUUUGUCUUAGUGGAGACACAGGCUCCCUACCCACUGGUGGUGCCCAUUGAAGCUAGAAGACCACCUCCCAUUUUAACUUUGCCCAGUGUCUUGGACUGUGGUUACUGCAUGGUUGGUGGGGUGAAGAUUGUGGAGUUUCUUUGCCAGAAUGAAGGACUAAGCUCUGGGAAGUUUUGUAUUAUGCCGAAGACAAUGUGGCCAGCAGCAAAUUUUAGGUCUGUUUCCACAGCUAGCUUUGUUGACCAGCCUCCUUUUGGAAUCAGUCCAUCACUCUUUGAAUUGGACCCUGGACAGGCAACAGUUGUAGAGGUAACAUUCUUUCCAUUAUCUCCUGAAAAUGUUAGUCAAACCUUCAGUAUAGUUUGUGACAACUGCCAAGUCAAAGACAUCACAACUAAAGGAACAGGGCAACUGAUUGCUCUGCAGCUUGUAUCCGUCAGUGAAGGAGAAGACAGGCCUGCCCUGGGGGAGCUCUGUGAUUUGACAGCUGAACACUUCAUUCGUUUUGCCACUGCAAAUCCCCAUUCCCUGUGCCAGAAGAAGUUGGUCAUAAGAAAUUCUGCACACUUAGAGUUGCCUUUUCACUGGCAGAUCAUGAAACCCAAUCUACAAUUUCUCUUGCCGGGAGAGAAGAUUGAGUCAAUGAAGAUUGAAUCGCAAUUGGCAACUGAUGGUGCUUUUCAGAUUAACCCCACACAAGGAAUAUUUGCACCCCAUCAAGAUCAUGAGUUUACUCUCAGCUACAGCCCACAUGAACUGAAGGAUUACCAUAGUGUGUGCCACUUAGUCCUGAGGGAUAUCAGGAUACCAGAGGCACCAGAAGACAGCAAGGGAAACAGAAUCUGUAGUACAGAUCAGCCACUCGAGAGAAGAGCCACAGUGAAUGAUGUCAUUGUGAUGGAGAUUGAGGUGAAAGGAUCAACAGAGCCCUACAAGGUUUUACUAGAACCCUAUGCCAUUCACAUUCCUGGAGAAAACUUCAUCGGGACAACUAUCAAAAGGCGUUUUAAGAUGUGGAAUAACAGCAAAUCGCACAUCUUAUUCCACUGGGACAGGAUCAGCGACUGUCACAUCAUGGAAGUGGAGCCCCCUAGUGGUAUUAUAGAGGUGAAUGAAUGCUGUGACCUGGAACUGGCCUUAACAGGAGGGAAGCCUGGAAGCACAGUGCUCAAUCUGGACUGUCACAUUGAGCACCACUGUGAACCCAUCACCCUUGUUGUGGAAGCUGUAUUUAAGGGCCCUAAAGUCUGUAUAAACAUUCCUGCUCUAAACCUGGGGUUGAUUAGGCUAGGAGAACACACCAAAAGCACCAUCCAGAUGACCAACAUUAGCCAACUGGCUGCUAGCUGGAUCCUGCAAGAGAUUCCUGAUAGUGAUGAAGAUCUGGACAAAGAGGUUUCCCAGAUUGUUAUUGAGCCGUGCAGUGGUUUGCUCCCAGCUCUGGCCACAUGCAGUGUGGAUGUGAUGUUCAAGCCCUCAGUGUGUCAGCACUUUCAGACUGUUCUAGAGCUGGUAGUGGAAAAUGGGUCUGGAUGUCAUUUGUCUGUGCAAGCGAAUGUGCAGUCCCCCCAAGUGUGUCUGCUGAGCUGUGAGCUGGUGUUUUCGGAGUUGUAUGUCGGGGUCCCAGCACUGAGUUCUGUGCGGCUUUUCAACCAAACACUGCUACCAGCUCACUUCUCCUGGGGAGAGCUGAAAGGCAAGCAGUCAUCUCUCUGCUCAGUCAGCUUCUCUCCAUCCAGUGGCACACUAGGACCUAAUGCAGAAGAAGAGAUUGCAGUAGAAUUAACUGCUUACACUGAUAAAGAACUAACAGACGUUGCUGCACUGUGCUUGGUGAGGGAUAUGAAAGAGCCUCUUGUUCUAGGCUUUUUUGCAAAGGCAAAACCACUCCAUGUCACAUUUUCUUUACCAUCUGACAGCCCUAAGCCGGACUCUCAGGAUCCUUCAGCACUGGUGUUAGACUUUGGAGAUGUCCUCUUGAAGAGUGCUGUCAAAAGGCAGCUACUAAUCAUAAACCACACAGCGAUCUCUGCCCCUUUCUCCUUGGAGGCAGAGUACUUCAGUGGACGGCCACCGUCACCUCCAGCAGUCAACUCUCAGUCUGCACAAAAACUCUCUGGAUUUAGGAGACCACUGCACAAAUCCAUAGCAGACAAAGCUGAAGACAGAGCACAUAAGGAGUUUGUGAAUGCAUUGCUCUCCCAUGGAAAAGGAGCAGGGUUUUUUGUCCAGCCAUCCUCAGGAACACUGGGGCCUUAUGAGACUCAAACCAUAGAGAUUUCUGCGUUCACAAACAUGUGGGGACAAUAUGAGGACAACUUAAUCUGCAGGGCUGGGGAUUUGGAUCCUGUGUUCAUCCCUGUGAAGAUGUCCGUCAGAGGGUGUCCUCUCUACUUCCAGAUGAUGGGACCACAGAAAGAUAAACAGACCCAGGGCCCAAUAAUAAGGUUUGGUACUCAAAUCUCUGGAGGUGACACAGUUUCAAGAUCAUUACGAAUCAAUAAUAUAAGUCAAUAUGAUAUCCGUGUAGACUGGGAGACGUUCAACAAGGAGAAGGGAGACGUGAAACUGGUGGAUUUGGUGGUCUCCUGUGGGGAGGCCUUCCCUCUGAAGGAUGUUGAUGGGAAUGAGGUCCUUGGGGGGUAUGUGGGGCCCAGUGGGAGCAGAGAGCGCAGAAGGGACUGGGACAGGAUCUCCAGCACUGGAGAAACCACUUCCACUGGCGAGACGUGCUAUGAAGAGGAUACUGAAGAGGAGAGUGACACUGACGAACAGACUGCUGCCAUGCGUAAGGUUGUCUUCGUGAACCUCAGGCAACAUGAAGGCACUGUCUCUGACUAUCCUUACUGUAUUACUCCUCAACAGAUAAUUGUUCCAGCAGGGGGGAGUGCAACCAUUCAUGUAUCCUUCACACCCUUGACUCUGUCAGAGACAGUAAAUAAAACUGAGUGUGUGGGAUUCGCCCUGGGUUACAUGAGUCUGGACAGCGAGCUUGCCUGCUGUAUUCCUGGGAAGGUGUUUCGGUCACAGGGCUUUGAGCAGGAACCUUUGAGAUUGGACCUACAGGCCUUUGUAAAGCCUGCUCUCUUGACUGUGGAAAUGGAGGAAGACGAGGAUGAAAUUGUAUUCUGUGCUCGUGCUAGUGAUUUAAUACCAGAGGAACCACACAAAAUGAUGGUGAAAGAUUCAGUGCUGACCCAUAAUUUGCAUCUGAGGAACUCCACCGAGACCCCACUGUACUUUAGGCUUUUAGCAAAGCCCCCCUUCAGUGUCCUCCACACUGAGGCCAAGAGCAGCACCAGGAGCUCCCACAGUGACAGAGGGGAGGUCAGGCUCCUCUUCCUCAAACCCCAGAACAACAUGCAGGUGAAGGUGGCAUUUCACAAUUCGCUGUCACUGCUGCCCUAUCAGAGCCAGCCAGAGGGUCAGCUGCCACCAGGAGUCCAGCUGGUGCACAGUGAGACAGGGGAGAGAACACUGCAAUUUCAGCAGGACCUUGUUGUCGAGUACAGCAAUAAGACUGUGCAGAUUGUGCCACUGUGUGCUCGCCUUUCGUUGCCCACUCUGCAGCUGUCUUGCGACAGCCUUGAUUUUGGGACCUGCUAUGUUGGACAGACUCGUGUAAAAGAGGUGUUUCUGUCGAACAGGGGGGGAUCCAGUAGCUAUUGGACAGCCCUGAUAGAAGCACCUGAGAAACCUUGUGGUUUCACAGUGUCUCCAGGCAACGGGGUCCUUAAACCUUUUGGUUACCCCUGCUCAACCAGCAGGGGAGCACUGCAGAUCAGCUUCAUAGCAAGUGACAGCGCAGAAUACAAAGCUACUGUCACAAUCCAUGGGAUGUUGGGGGAACAGCCUGUCAGAUUGGAAGUUACAGGCAAAGGGUCUUAUGAUGAAAAAUAUGAUUCCCUGCUCCCUGAUUUGUAGAAUUACAACUUGAAGAUCAAAUGAACUGAAUACAAAUAUAUCCUUAAAUGCUCUGAAUUUGACAUUCAAGACUGUUGUCAGCUUAUACACUGUUUCAGAUGUGCUUCAAAUAUGCUCUAACUUAAUAGAUCACUAUGUUGUAAGUGAAACUGCAUUUUGGCUGUAUCCAUUUGGGUUGUACUUACCAUUAAACUAUUAUUACCCUUGUUUUGGUGCUGGUGUGA